CCCAAGAAUCGAGCUGAUGGCGGCGUUCCCCUCGAUUAGGCUCACUUAUUUCAACUUUGGCGGCCGGGCUGAGUCCGUUCGACUGGCGCUAUACGUUGGUGGUGUCCCUUUUGAAGACAAACGCUUGACCCGCGAGGAGUUCGGUGCUCUGAAGAGCUCAUUCCCGUUAGGCCAAGUGCCGGUGUUGGAGGUGGAUGGGCAAGUGCUAACGCAAACUGACGCCAUCCUAAGAUACGUUGGACGUCUCGGUGGACUCUACCCAACCAGUUCUCCCUUCGCGGCGCUUAAAGUCGACGAGAUGCUGCAUGCUCUGUGCGAGAUGGGGGAGCAAAUAAUUCCUUCGUUUGAAGAAAGAGAUGCGGACAAGAAGAAGGCGAUGCGUGAAGAGCUGGCGAAUGUCACCAUUCCACACUAUGCAGCUUGUAUUGAGGAUCGACUGGAGAAGCUACAGCAACUGCCAUCCUUCCAGUCGGACGUCGUAUACGUGCACGAGAUCUCUCUGUACACGUGGAUGAAAGGCUUUAGAGAUGGUUUGUUGGACCACAUCCCGACUACAAUUCUGGAUGACUACAAGUUCCACAAUGCCACGUUUGACAAGGUCGCUGCACACCAACGAGUGAAAGAAUGGUACAGUCUGCCGCAUGGUCCGCCCAACAAGUUGAAGCUGACCUACUUCCCAGUUCCAGGCCGAGCUGAGCCAAUUCGACUCGCGUUUUUCAUUGGAGGCAUUGACUUUGAGGACGUGAGAAUUUCGUUGGAUGAGUACGAGAAGGUCAAGUCAGAUCUGCCUUUCAAGCAGCUGCCAGUGCUGGAAGUGGACGGUGAGUCUUUCUCGCAGUCGUUGGCUAUACUUCGCUAUGCUGGCAGCCUUGCGGGUCUCUAUCCAACGGAUCUGCUCGCUGCUUCUCACGUGGACGAAGUUUUCGUGUUGAUCGAUGAGAUGUUUAACAGCCCUGAGUGGCGCGCGACUGUCAGAGAGAGGGACACGGACAAGCUGCAGGAGAUGCGUGAGAACUUGUCCAAGGGUCUUAUCCCGAAGACACUCGGGUUCUUAGAGAAGCGUGUCGAUGCGUUUAAGGGGCAUUACGCUACGGGACCGAAGUUGACGGUGGCCGAUUUGGCUGUUUACGCGUUGAUCCUUCUCCUGAAAGUCGGCAGACCUGGUAUCCCUACAAACAUCUCCGACCCGUACAAGAACUUGAUUCGUGUUUUUGGCCAGGUGAAAGAGCACCCGAAAGUUAUCGAGUGGAGCACUGCUCACGCGUGA